AUGGAUGGAUGGAUUGGUCCCCGCCUCUCGUCCAAUCCGGCCCCGCCCCUUCGAGCCCCGCCCCUCCAUCCCCGCCUCUGGUCCAAUCAAACCCCGGGCGGGCGGUUGCCAUGGAGACGGCGUCGGGCGUCCCGGAGAGGAGAGGACCAGCCGCCGCCGCCGCCCCCCGACAUGAGCGGCCCCCAAAUCGCCUCCAGGCUCCUUGACAUCACCAGCAACGCUUCAGCCUCCGAGGAAAGUUAUGAUCGUCUACUGGAUGCAUCUGGUACUCGCGAUCAGACGAGCCACUAUCGGGCUGCCGCUGAAAAUGCUCGCAGUGAGCUUGCCGCGUCUCUGGUCAAGUUUGAAUGUGCUCAGUCUGAGAUUGCAGAUCUCCGAUCCAAGAUGGUCUCUAAAGAAGUCUUUUGCCAAGAACUGAAGACCAAAAUGGAGAGCUAUAAAGAAAACAAUGCCAGACAGUCCUCUCUCCUCGUCUCUCUCAGAGAGCGGGUCCAAGAGAUGGAGGAAGAGUCAGCGGUGCUUGCUACUUCCAAAAUGCGGUCAGAGAAAAUAGCUCAUGCGGCACUCCAGGAGAACCAGGAAUUAAAGAAAAAAAUCCUGGAAUUAGAAGCGAAAUUAUCAAAGUGCUUCGGGGAAAAUGAAGAGAGCAAGAAUCAAGCUUCUAAGGACAGCAGGAAACACAUGGAAUUUCUACUUGAACUCUCUUGGUGCCUGGACAUGGAUAUCACAGACAAAGAGGAGCCACAGCAGGAUUUGAUUUCCAAGGUUAGUGAGCUGUGCAAGGAAAAUGCAUUGGUGAAAGGACAGGUUGUUACUCUUGAAGAGACUAUAAAUGUCCAUGAGAUGGAGUCAAAAGCUAGCAGAGAGACCAUCAUGAGACUGGUUUCAGAAGUAAACAGAGAGCAGGAAAAGGCUGCCUCAUGUAUCAAGGAGAAGGAAACACUGAACAAGGAUUUGGACAGUGCUGUAGCAGCCCGGCAGCAGCUUGAGAGAGAAGUGAGAAUCGUCGAAGAAAGGCUGGUGGCUGGGCAGCGGGUCUGGGAUGCCUCCAUGAGGGAGCUGAGCCUCCUAAAGAAGAGUUCCUGUGGACUGGAGGGGAGUCUGAAGAGCAGCAUGGAGGAUGCUAAGGCUGCUCACAGCCUGUUCAGUGUAUUUAAAGAGCAAAUUGCAGACCUCCUCAGCAGCAGCUUGGUCACAAUCAAGCCCUCAGAGGAGGCCAUUGUGGAGAGGAUCCGAGAAGUGGGCAACAUGGAAGAAAGCAGGAAAAACAUGGUGUCGCAGCUUGAAGCCCAGAUAGCCAAAUUGAUUGAACAGUUGGAGAAUCAGACGGGGUUGCACCAGCAGACUCUGCAGCGGGCUCAGAAUGCCGAAAUCCAGUUUGAGACUCUUCGGGGUCAGCUGACCCACCUGGAAGGGGAGCUGCUGUCUGGAGAUGUGAUGAGAGACAGCUUGAGCCUUGAAAAACAAAAAUAUCUCCGUUUUAUGGAUCAGCUCUCUGAGAAGAUGAAACUGGACCAGGUGGUUGCUGAACUUGGCUUUGACAUGCGACUGGAUGCAUUUCUUGCUCGUGCAGAACAGCUGGUCCAAUUAGAAAGCAAUGCAGUUAUUGAAAGCAAGACCAUGGCCUUCAGCCUGCAGAGGAAGCUAAAGACACAGAAAGAAAAACUUGAGAGCAGAGAACUACACAUGAGCCUUCUGCGGCAGAAACUAGCCCAAAUGGAGGAGGAGAAGCAAGGGCGAACCGCCUUAGCGGUGGAGAAGGACGAAGCCCUUCUAGCAGCCAGGAAGUUGCAGAAGAAGGUGGAGAGGCUACAGACGGAGCUCAGCGUGGCCAGAGAAUCAAUGACAGAGCUCAAGGCCAAACUCUCUGAUGCUAACGAAUUCAAGAUUAAAACUCUCGAACAGACCAAAGCCAUAGAAGUUCUAAACAAGUCCAGGGACAGGCUGGAAAAGAUGAAGGAGAAAGCUGAGAAGAAGUUAACCUCCGUGAAAUCAGAACUGGAUUUCAUUACGCAUGAAGCUAAGGAAGAUAAAGAAAGGGCCAAGAACACGUUAGAGGUGGUAACCAGUGAAAUGAAGACCCUGAAAAGAACAGUGGAAGAAAUGACGAAGAGAGAAAGUCAGCUUGUGGAUUUCAGGGAGGUGGUUUCCCAGAUGUUGGGCCUGAAUAUUGCCAGUCUCGCUCUCCCCGACUACGAAAUCAUCAGAUCUCUUGAGAAGCUGAUUCAUUGUCAUCAGCAUCACCAUCUUACCUGUGGCUGCAUUGAGGACAUUACUCUGUGGCAAGAUGGAUCCUCAUAGAACCCCUUACAACGUCUUCACUGACCAACUCCUUUGUUGCGAAGGUGAAGAAUAGAUGUCCCAACACUGGUGAUUUUUUUUUUCUGUCCAUGUCUUGUUCCCUCUUUGUACAAGAUGUAUUACAUAUUGUGUACUGACAUCAGAUCUUAUAGGCUCUAAAACGUCCCUGAUAUAGUCCCCCGAACUUCAAAACAUGUCCUUAUAAAUAGACAAAGUCAUGUGGAGAUUUGAUCAUUAUCCUGUAAAUGAGAAACCAUAUAGACAAAUCAGUCAGAUAAAUUUCAA